CUUACGAAGAGUGAAGAAGAGAAGAGGGAGAGAAGUUGCAGAGGGAGGUGAAAAUGAAAGUAACAUGGAAGAACACGAAGAAGAAGAAACCUUGUUUACCCUCUUUAUCACACUUCACCGAACUUCCCUUUGAGCAGGAAAACGAUACUACUACUGAACAUGAUUCUUCUGAUGGAACAACCGUUCGUUCUACCGAUUCUGAACAAUCAUCACAAUUAGCUACGCAGUUUCAAACUCAAGGAGACAAUCUUGCUAUGGAGGGGAAGUAUAGAGAAGCAUUGGGUAAAUGGGAAGCUGCUCUUACAUUGGCACCCGAUGUUCCAGCUUUGCAUGAACAGAAGGCCCAAGUUUUACUAGAAAUUGGAGAUGCUUGGAAUGCUUUAAAGGCUGCAAGUCGAGCUACUGAAUUGAAACCAUCGUGGGCUGAGGCUUGGGUCACACUUGGCAGAGCGCAGCUGAAUUAUGGCGAGCCAGAUAAUGCUAUUGAAAGCUUUGACAGAGCUUUAGCUCUCAAGCCUGAUUAUGAAGAAGCACAAGAUGAUAGAAAAACCGCAUCACGUCUAAUAAAGAAGAGAAAGCAACUUCACUCGUCAGGAUUGAGUGAAAUUCAAAAUCGUUAUACUGUAGGUGAUAAGAAUGAAAGCUCAUGAUGAAGUUAUACAACAAGGGAUAAAGUUACCUAUGCUAUGUUUCGUGUGUAUUAUGAAAAUUUUGUUUGCUGUCCCUAACUUCAUGGUGAAAUGUUCAUAAUUCGUCGGAAUGUAUAUGUGGAAUGACAGAUAGAUUAAGAACUAGUUACGGCAUGUUUGGUUUGUGAAAAAAUGUGUUUAUUUUCUGCUGUUACUUUUAGUUAUAAACUCGUCAUAUUGUUUUUA